CUAUUCCUGAUUUUAUUAUCUUAUCUCCGUUGGACACUGUUACUUGCGUUUCUGUUCCCAUGGCUUUGAAUUAGAUUCUUAUAUUGUUCUCACUAAAUAUAGGAGACUCUUCUCCUCAUAUUCUCCAAUUGCCGAGGAAGGCUCCUCUUUUUCCCUUCUACUCUUAACAUCAGGAGCAAGGAUAUAUCAUGAUAGAGCAAGAUAGCCCUCCAACUGCUCAAGAUUCAUUCAAUGCUGCUGAAAGCCCAUCUUCUUCACAUUUUGAGUUUCUUUCAGUCUUUGUUUAAAAGUUGAGUUUGGUUCUGGACCCAUUGAAUGGAGCUUACCCUUUUGGGAUAAAGUGGUGCAGUCUCUGAAAUCAUGCUUUGUAGACCAAAGCUUCUGAAAUGUAGCGUACUACAGAGUCUAAACUUUUUUAGAGUCAAUUCUUCUCUUUUGAUUGAUAUGGGUAAACCUCUUGAUAGAAUACAAGAAGGCGCCUAUUCGGUGAUGCCAGUUGCUGAUGAUAACAUGGAUAAGGAAUUUGGGAAAUUUACAUUGGCGAAUGACCUGGCCAAUCUUGUUGAGGAAUCUUCUAAAGUUGCUGAGAAAAAAACAAAGAGUCGAAUGGAGCUCAAGAGAUUGCUUGAAUACCGCAUAAAAAAGAGAGUGAAGGAGCAAUAUGUGAAUGGGAAAUUUCAGGACUUAAUGGAAAAAGUGAUUUCCAAUCCGGAAACUCUUCAGGAUGCUUACAAUUGCCUUAGGCUUAACUCUAAUGUUGAUGUGGAUUUGAACUAUGACAGCAGUUUCAAUACCUUGGCAGAAGGGCUAUGCGAUGGGGGUUUUGAUGUCACUGCCAAUACCUUCACUAUUUCAACUAGAGGUGCGAACAAAGAAGUUCUCGUCCUCCCCAAUUUAAAGUUGAAGGUUCUUCAAGAAGCUAUGAGGAUUACCUUGGAAGUUGUUUACAGGCCACACUUUUCCAAAAUUUCACAUGGAUGUCGAAGUGGCAGAGGACACUCCACGGCUUUAAAGUACAUCUGCAAAGGGAUCUCAAAUCCUGACUGGUGGUUCACAUUGCAAGUAACCAAAAAGUUAGAUGCUGCUGUCUUAACUAAGCUCAUCUCAGAAAUGGAGGACAAGAUAGCAGACCCGAAAUUAUAUGCUAUGAUUUGGAGCAUGUUUGAUGCCCAGGUACUAAAUUUUGAGUUUGGAGGUUUCCCAAAGGGCCAUGGUCUUCCACAAGAAGGGGUUUUAUCCUCUAUUCUAAUGAAUAUAUAUUUUGACCUCUUUGAUCGGGAAUUUUACAGGUUGUCAAUGAAAUAUGAAGCUAUUAGUGGUGGAAGUUGUGAUGAUCAAGAUAAAUCAUGGUCCAAAUUGCGCAGUUGGUUCAGGAGACAGUUGAAAGGCCACGAUCCUAAGUACGUAGUUGAAGGGAAUCCUGAUCUCAAAGUAUACUCCUGCCGUGUUAUGGAUGAGAUACUUUUUUCAGUUUCUGGUUCUAGAGAAUCUGCUAUUAAUUUGAAGACUGAGAUCCAAAGUUAUUUAAAGGACUCUUUGUUUUUGGACGUGGAUGAUCAAACAGAUAUACUACCUUGUGAUGGACCUGAUACUAUUCGCUUCCUGGGAAUUUCACUUAGAAGAAAUGUUAGAGAGAGUCCUGCAGUUAAAGCUGUUCACAAGUUAAAGAAAAAAGUAGAGUUAUUUGCUUUACAAAGGGAAGAGGCCUGGACUUAUGGGACCACUAGAAUUGGGAAGAAAUGGCUGGGUCAUGGUUUAAAGAAGGUUAAGGAAUCAGAAAUCAAACAUCUUGCUAAUAAUAGCUCUUUGCUAAACAGUAUUUCCUGCUUCCGCAAGUCUGGAAUGGAAACUGACCACUGGUAUAAACAUUUAAUGAAAAUAUGGAUGGAAGCUGUUCAAGCUAAAAAUGCUGCAAGUGAAGAAAUCAUCCUAUCUAAGUGUGUUGCAGAACCAUCUUUACCUCAAGAGCUUAAAGAUUCCUACUAUGAAUUUCUAAAACAGGUGGAUAAGUAUGUAUCCUCUGAGACAGCUUCUACAAUUCAGCUUUUGUCAAAUUAUGACAUCUCAAGACAACAUGAAAUUAAAAAAACUGAGAUUAUUGCUCCUAUAUGUGCUAUUAAAAAACGUCUUCAGAGAUAUGGAUUGGUCACGUCAAGUGGAUGUCCUCGCCCUGCCACUUUACUUAUCUUGCAAGAUACUGCUGAAAUUAUUGACUGGUUUUCAGGGAUUGUUCGCCGCUGGCUAAGAUGGUAUCAAAUUUGUGUCAACUUUAAUGAGGUAAAGCUCCUGAUUUUUGAUGUGGUUAGGAAAUCAUGUAUCCGUACUUUAGCGGCAAAGUAUCGGAUACAUGAAACUGAGAUAGAGAAGCGGUUUGACCAGGAACUCAGCAAGCUUCCAUUAAUUGAGGAGAUAGAGAAUGAGAUGACAAAUGAAGCUUUGGAUGUUGGAGUUUUUGAUAAUGAUGAGUCAUUAAUGUAUGGAAUUUCCUACAGUGGUGUGUGUUUGUUGUCUCUGGCAAGAUUAGUGACACAGUCAAGACCUUGUAAUUGUUUUGUUAUUGGGUGCUCCUCUGCAGCACCAAGUGUCUAUAAUCUUCAUGUUAUGGAAAGGCAGAAGUUUCCAAGCUGGAAGACCGGGUUUUCAACUUGCAUCCAUCCAAGCCUAAGUAAACGACGAAUUGGGUUGUGUAAGCAACAUCUGCGAGAUUUGUACCUUGGCCGCAUAUCUCUUCAGUCCAUUGAUUUUGGUUCAUGGAAAUAAGCGCUAUCUAUUAUAGGAGACUCCUUAUAAAGUUUUUUUGGAUUUUGGUGAUAUAUUGCUUUAGUUUGUUGAAUAUAAAGGUUCUCCUGCAAAUGAGGUGCAACAUGUACAUCCCAACUUACUAGCAUAAUUUUGUGAAUAUUUUGAGCAAAUAUAUUUUGUAUUAUUCUGAUACAA